AUGGAACAAAACCAAGUCAACGUAAGAGCCUUUGAUGGGGUUCAGAGAGAUAUGUUGGGAGUAGGGAAUCUGAUCAUCAAAAUGGGCCCAACAGAAUUCAAUACACAGUUUCAAGUAUUGGAUAUCAAUACUAUAUAUAACCUUCUUCUUGAAAGACAUUUCAUCCAUAUGGAUGGAGUUGUCCAUUGUACUUUGAAUCAGAUGAUGAAAUUUGUUUGGAAGAACGAAGAGCUGGUUAUUCAUAGGGAAGGGAGUCACUCCGGCAGACAUACGCCGAUUAUGGAUGAGAUAUCGCGAGGUACAAAUUUCUACAUGGUGGAGCUAGUAAACUCCACCAGUGAAGACUUGGCCCCACAGACUCCAAUGCCUUCUGUGUACAACAUGAUAACCGUUGUGAUGCUGCAGAAUGGUUUUGAACCAGGUUUUGGAUUGGGAAGAAAUACCCAAGGAAUUAUUGAACCUAUUUUGGGUCUCGUCAAGGGAGCCAGAUAUGGUUUAUGGUACAUCCCCAUAGAUGAUGACUUGAAGAUAAAGAAGAAAAUGAUCAAGCAUUGGCUAAGUCAAUCCCAAAUCUCUAAUGUUGUUCCGGUUGCCAAGAAAGAUGGAAAAAUCAGGAUUUGUGUCGACUACAGAGACCUCAACAAAGCUAGCCCGAAGGAUAAUUUUCUGUUGCCGAAUAUUCAUAUGUUAAUUGAUAAUUGUGCUAAGCAUGAGAUGCAGUCAUUUGUGGAUUGUUAUGCAGCUUACCACCAGAUUCUGAUGGAUGAGGAAGAUAUAGAAAACACAGCUUUUAUUACACCUUGGGGUUUAAAUCCAGCCAAAUGCACUUUUGGAGUUCCAACCGGAAAGUUGUUGGGAUUUGUAGUCAGUAGAAGGGGUAUUGAGCUCGACCCUUCUAAGAUUAAAGCAAUUCAAGAGUUACCUCCGCUGAAGACAAAAAAGAGGUAUCGUACAUCUGAACCGAAUUCUUUCUGGUUAAAGAAUCUCUUUCUAGUUGCUCUAAAACAAUUAGGAGAUUCUCUAGAAGAAAUACGAGGUUCUGCUUCUGGCAGUAACAUGCUUGGUCCCGCUUAUGGGGUCAGGCACAGGCUUUAG